AUUAAAUGGGGAGAGACGGUGGAGAUUAAUGAGCAAGAUGAGGGGCAGCCUCUGAUGAAGGACCUGGUGCUAUUGCUGUGCUGGCUUUAUAGAGGGUGCGCGGAUGCUUGUUUCGAGCACGUCGUCGUCGCCGCGGCGCACUACGACCGCACGAACGCGUCGCUGGCGCUGCGGACGCGAUUACUAGACGCGCAGGCCGCGGCGAAGGCCCGUUGGCUGCCCGCCGGCCUCGUCGUGGUCGUGGAGAACGACGUUGUCGAGCGGAGCCGUAUCGAGGUCGAGCGGCGCGGCUUGGCGUACGCCCGCAACGGAGGCUAUCCCGGGCACGGCUUCGAGCUGGGUGCCUGGCGCUGGGCAAUGAGCGAGAUCCUACCGCACCGGGACGUGUGCGCGGACGCGGUCGUCUACUUGGUUCAAGAUAGCAUGGUCAUGAACGCGCCACCCCUCGCGCAUCCACCAGCAAACCUCACGGCCACGCGCCUCUUCAGCUUCGACGGGACCAAGGGAUUGGCGGGUGUGCCGCGGUCGGAAGACCACUGGGUCCCCGAGGCUGAGACCGCCUUCGCGCGGGCGGGGUCCGACCCCGCGCUCGCGCGGUCGCGGUCGCGGCGGUUCCCGGGCGCCUUCGGGCCGAACCUCGUCGGCACCUACGCAGCCUGGCGAGGACUCCUCGAGCGAGGCUUCUUCGACAUGCUGGCCGUGCGCUCGAAACUCGACGAACAGCGGUCCGAGCGCAUCGUGGGACUCUUCCUCGCGGUCGUGCUCGGCGACGAGGGGUCCAUCGGCGGCGACUACCUCCUCGUCCAGCGCCCGAGCCGAGUUAUUCGCGCCAAGCUGCCCUUCGUGAAGACUAUGGCACACAAGGCGCGAUCGCGCGACCAGUUGCAUAGAUCGUUGAUUUCUGCUCCGAAGGGCGGGUUAGACAAGCCUGGGGCCAAUCGCCUGCGCUGCCUCGAGGCCUGGCAGGCGAACGCGUCGCGUCCGACGCUCACGUUCGUCGACGACGAGCGGUCGUGCGGCCUGGGCUGCCGCUUCCUGCGCCUGGCGGCCGCGCUGGUAGCGGCGCUCGACGCGGGCAGGCGCCUGGCGCUGUCGCCGAGCUCGCGGUGGCACUUCGGGCGCCACGCAGAUUACUUCGAGCCGCUGCCCCUGUCCGAUAUCAGGUUGACGCUGCCCGACCGCCACCCGCACCACAUCAACGAGUGGACGGCACCCGACGACGUUCCACAUGAAGCGGUCUUCACGCGCGCGUCGCUCGACAACUUCUGGCACUUUUAUCGGGUACGACGUGGCCGCCGCUGCCGCCACCCCUGCUUGGACGGGUUGGACCAGUGCGAGCAGGCGGCGCUCGCGGCCGUAUAUCUGGCGCGGCCGAACCGACGUUUGACGGAGGCGGCCGCGAACGUAUCUAUGGAACCACCCUACGCGGCGGUCCACAUCCGCCGCGGCGACAAACAACGGGAACGCAAAGGCCCCGCGUUGAGUGUAUCCGCCUAUGCCGAUGCUCUGAAACGCUUCCCGGACCUGUCGCGCGUGUGGCUCAUGACUGAGGACCCCCGCGUCGCUGAGGAGAGCCAAUCGAUGGGCUGGCAUUUGACCGAGUUUUCGCGGACCGGGAAGCCCGAGGCGACGACCGAGAACAUCGGCGCCGUAGCUCUGAAUUCGCUCGUCAACCUCGAGGUCGCCGUGAACGCCUCCGCCUUCGUCGGCGCCGACGAUUCGACCUGGUUCCGCUUCGUGCUCAUGCUCGCGAUGGGCCGCUCGGGCCGCAAGCCGCGGGUCAGCUCCCUCGCGAGCGGCUUCUGGACCAAGGGCGGCUUCGGGAACUGCUUCUGGCGGCCCGACGCGUGCGUAUCCCCGGGGGGGUUGUGUAAUGUGACGACACAGCUGUCUUCUCUCUGGCUAGUCCUUUUAGUCGUUGCCGCGCAAUCAAAGGCCUACUCAGGCCCUACUGCAGCACUGGCAGCGGCGGCUUUCCCCACCUUGAAGCUCCGGAAAGCUUCCAGGGACACCUAGCGCACGCGCGGACGCAUUCGGCGCGACUGAUUUAAACUCGCGAUAGUUCGUUCGAGGAGUCAACGCCUUUCGCAUGGCGCGCAUGGCCCGGGGCGCGGGAAUCUAGACAACCCCGGUCGGCGUCUGCUUGGGGCUCUUUGUGCCGACCUCUGCCCCGUACCGUUAAGGGUACGGGGCACACAGACCCUAGUGAGUUUUGCGCCACUAGCAUUUUUAAGCUGUUUUGCGCCGCUCGUCACAACGCUGUCGCCGCUCGCACUUUCCGCCCGCGUAAAAACGUUUCUCUCGCUCCCCGCGUUCCGUGUCCGUGGGCGUGGGGACGAACGCGAACCUCUAGGCAAGAGGGCUCCAAGGGGUCACGUAAGUAAGCGCAAAAUCAAACUCGCAUCGUUUGAGCUAGUUAUAUAAACCUACUAGAUUGCACCUAUUUUUGCGCGCGGGGACUUGUCGAGCGUCGGGAUAGUGACGCGCGGGCGGGGAGAUCCUGGAAUGGCUGCCGAGCCGCCGCCGCGAACGCCUCGCGCGCCGGCGCCCGGCGAGCCGCCGCUCACGGUGACGGUCGGCCGGGCGGCGCUGCCGUACGGGGUCAGCGUGGGCCGGCUGCACGCCUCCGACGUGCUGCCGCGGCUGCGGUUCAACGCGGCGCGCGCGGAGCGCGAGGAGGGCCUCGCGUUCGCCGAGGCCUUUGGCGUGGGCGUCUCGCUCCACUUCAAGCUCGGCAAGCUGCUGCUCUCGCUGCUGAUCGCGGCGGCGGCGCUGCAGCUGCCCAUCCUCGUCUACUACGCGCGCCACGGCCGGUUCGCGGACGCGCGGCGCGCGCGCGACGCGCGCGACGAGGUGCGCUGGCAGGUGAGCGGCGCGCUCCUCGCGCGCUACUCCAUGGCGGCCGUCGCGGCGCCGGCGCAGCUCGGGGAGACCGCGGACGCGCGGCGGCGCGACCUGCUGCUCGUGUCGUGCUUCGCCGCGCUCGCGACGGCGCUCCUCGGCGCGGGCGCGGCGGCGGCGCGCGACUUCGUGCGGCGCGACGCGCGCGCGCUGCGGUCCCUGAGCCCGGCGCCGGAGCACUACGCCGUGUUCCUGCGCGAGGUGAGCGACGACGCCACGCCUGCCUCGGUCCGCCGCGCCGUCGAGCGGGCGGUCGAGGACGCGCGCGUGGAGCACGUCGCGGUGCACCGCGAGCUGCGGCCGGCGCUCGAGGCGGCGCUGGCCGUCAUCGCGGCCGAGGACGCGCACGCGCGCGCGCCGUCGCCGCGGCGCGCGGCGCGCGCCGCGGCCGCGCGCCGCCGCCUCGCCGCGCGCGCGCGCGCGCCGCGCGGCCGCGCGAUCGCCGCGUUCGUCGUCUGCGAGUCGCCGCGCCACGCCAGGGCGGCGCACGCGGCGCUCGCGCGGCGCGCGGCGGCGCUCGCGCCCCGGCGGCGGCGCUGCUUCGAGAAGCCGAACCAGCUCCUGGGCGCGCCGCUGCGGCCGUCGCUCGCGCCCGCGCCGAGCGACGUCAUCUGGGAGAACCUGGAGGUGUCCCCGCGCGAGCGGCUCGCGCGGCGCGUCGCCGUGCGCGUCCUCACGAUCGCGGUGAUCGCCGCCGGGCUCCUGGUGGUCUACGGCGUGCGGCGGCGGGCCAUCCGCGACUUCGACGUGGACGACGACUUCGACGCGGCCGCCGCGCCCCCCGCCGGCAACAACGCGACGCAGCCGGACAUCCUGCGCAACGCGCGGAACGCGCUGGAGCCGUACCUGACGCACGCGCCGUCGCGGAAGCGGCACGCCCUCUUCCUGCUCGUCGUCGUCGUCCUGAUCAACUCGCUGCUGCGGCUGCUGGUGCGGCGGGGCGCCAUGCUCGGCGCGCACAGCACGCGGACCACGGAGCAGAGCGCCGCGCUGGUGGCCUACUGGGCCGCGGCCACGGCCAACACCAUGGGCGUCUACGCGCUCGCGGCGUGGGGCGGGCGCGCGCGGACGUCCGCCUACGACGGCGCGCGGCUCACGCGGUGGUACGCCGACGUGGGCGUCUACCUGCUGGCCACGCUGCUGUGGGAGGCGCUGGCGCCGCCCGCGGGCGCGCUCGUGCGGUGCCUCUUCCGCGCGGAUGCGCGCCGCGAGCUCGAGCGCGUCCGCGCGUUCUUCGGGCGGCGGCGGACGCUCCGGGAGUCGGUGACCCGGGAGAACCUCUUCGACGAGCGGCCCGUCUCCGCCGACCAGAACGCGCCCGCGUGGCGCCGCGGCCUCGACCAGUACGUCGUCGCGCCGCUCGCGCGGUUCGUGGCGGCGCCGCCGUGGGACCCGACGACGCGCGGCGCGGACAUGCUGCGCGUCUUCUUCGUCGGCGCGGUGUUCGGGGCGGGGCAGCCGCUCCUGCCGGUGCUGAGCGCCGCGACGCUCAGCGUGAUGCUCGCGCACGACAAGUGGGCGCUGCUGCGCGAGCGGCGGCCGCCGCCGCGGCUCGGCCCGCACCUCGCGCGCACGGCGGCGCGCCUGAUGCCGCUGGCGGCGCCGCUGCACUGCCUGCUGGCCCUGUGGACCUGGAGCGACUCGACCUACACCGGCGCGGCGCUCUGGAUCCACUGCGCCCCGCUGCCCGUCUCGGGCGCGACCUGGCCCCUGUUGCUCGCCCUCGUCGGCUGCGUCGCGGCCGGCGUCGGCCCGUCCGUGUCGUCGCGGUCCGGGUGCGGGCGGCGGCCCGGCGAUCCGCACAUCGGCGGGUCGAGCUGGCAGGAACCGCACGUCGAGGUCCCGCGGCGCGACUCGUUCGAGCGGACCGCGUCGUGGACGGGCUGGGACGUCGAAAACGUCGAGAACGCGGACGACGAGGUCGCGGCGGCGCUGCCGUGGCGGGCCGCGCGGCGCGGGUGGGACGCCGCGGGCGUCGAUUUCGCCUACGACCUGUGGGAGGGCGGCUACCCCGACCUCCUCCGUACGCGGCGGCUCGUGCGGCGGACCGCCGUCCUGUCGUCGACGGCCGCGUCGAGCGCCGCCGCCGCGCUGGCGCUGCUCGCGCGCGAGAGCCGCACCGGUCCCAGCGGCGGCGGGGAUAGUAGUAACACCGUUCUGUAGUUU